CAGCGGGUUGUUGGCUAAUACGUAGGUAGUGUUCAAUGGUGAGGCCUCCGUGCGGGCCGUGGUGAACCAACAGGUGUUUCGAACUUGGCAGUCGCGGUACCGGUUAUCUUUAUUUUCUAUUAGUGUUCAUAUUCACACCGGUAUCCCUUUCACUGACGAAUAUACGUCGAAUUACGUCGUGGUAUAUUUGGCGCGAAGAAAACAUAAUAUGAUGUCGGAGACCGUUGUGACAAUGGACGGUUCCAGCAAUAACGCCAGCAACAAUCCUCGACAGGUGCCUACCGUAAAGACGGAACCGGUUCAACCUAACCCUCUGUUAGGCAUUACGUUGAACGUGUCCUACUUCAGAACGAUACCUGGUAUCAUUAAACUCGCGCAAGUAGGUUUUGGUAUAAUAUGUAUGUCAUGUGCCUCACCGGCAUUGGUAAGCGGGUCCCAUUGGUUUCUAUUCGUCGCCGUAACAGCUUUCAUCGCUACUCUUUUAUGGAGUUUCACCUAUCUGCUGUCGAUUCGAGAAGCGCUUAAGCUACCUAUCAAUUGGAUCGCAACGGAACUGUUGAACACAGGAAUAUUCACCUUCCUUUAUCUGAUUGCCUUCGUGGUUCAGUUAUCUGUCUGGACCUCGUUAAUAGGAUCAGCGGUCUCAAGGAAUAUUGCCGCAGGGGUCUUUGGAAUCUUUAAUACAUUGGCGUACGCUGCCGGGUCCUAUUUCCUCUACGUCGAGUUCAGAAGCAGUAACACACAGUGAAGAGAAGCAAAGGUACUCGAAGAGACGCUAGGUACCUGAAGAGCACCUACGACACAGCUACUACACUCGGGUUUUCGCGAUCGUACGUUCUACGAACAAGAGCAAGAUCGUGGACAGACGAAUGAGUCGAAGCUAGUCCAACGAGGCCCCCGCCUGAUCAUGUGUUGUAGCUUAACGAGAGACUCUAUAAUAUACGUGCCUUAAAGAUUGAUCAAACUGGACGAUCAUGCUAUUCGAUCGAUAGGUUUGCGACUACGGUUUUCUGGGAUCAUGCUCGCUACUCGAACGAUUAUAAAACAAAGAUGAAUACAGUUUACCGCUGGUUUAGGACGGGUUAAUGCGCCGAAGAGAUAUCAACGAUUCUUAAAGUUUUUGUUUUGACGAGAUUCGUGUAUCCUCUUCGUUACGCGGUUCAUUUUUUCACUGUACAAACAUAAUAUACAAUAAUAAGGAAAAUGUUACGGUUAAAAUAAAAUGUAAAGGUUACCUUUUAAAAGCAAAUUGUAUUUCAGAAUCGAUAAAAUCCAUAUUGGAUGUCGAUCUCUUCUUUUCUCUUUUUGAUAAUAUGCAAUGGAUUAUAUAGGUUGUUCAUCGAUGUACCUUACGCGGCACUUCCCGUCCAAUUUAAUUUUCUAAUUGUACCUUUCUCGCACUACCGCGACUUUUUAUUUAUAUGUAUACACGCAUUAGUUAUAUACGUUUAUAUAUAUAUAUAUAUAAAUAUCUGUUUUAUAUAGUUAAUAUAUUUGCACAAAUUGAACGCUAUACAUCGUUUUUUCUUCCUUUUGUUUUUUUUUUAUUUUCUGACAAUCACAUAAAGGACACUUACGUAAUUCACUUUCAUUGAUGUAAAAGCUGUUCGCUACUACGUGAAUGAAUGUGUUCCUGGAUACAUUGUACUUUUUCUGUACACAUUACCAUUGAAAUAUAUGUUCGUUUUUGACAUUGUCUUUGAA